CCUGAAUUCAUCACCCUCGUUUGAAAUUCUUACUGCAGGAUCGUCGAAAACGAACGAUUCACCCCCUGCCGCUGUCGAAGGGAAUCGGCCAUUCGCUAAUAAUCUGCGAUACAAUUUUUUGAAAUUGUACAAUUAUAGGAUAUCUCUGCCCCCUGGGUCUCUUCUCUUCCUUUAAUGAAUUCAAAGUUAUUCGAUUCUCUAGGAGCGUGAUUUGCCUAAUGUCUUCCACUCGAACGACGGUGAGUGGGUCUUAUUAUUAUUCUACUCUAUAUUUGGAGACUUUGUAAUGGAAACGCUAACUUCUUAAAACUUUCAUUGAUAUCGUUAUAACGAAAAGCUAUUUCUGGCAAUGUGCCGGAAUUGCAUAACACACUUGGCGUUGUAAACGGAGCCGUUAACUCCCGCCACCUUUAUCCUCUCCGGCACCCCAUUAUCGUGUACAGGUAAAAAAAAAAAGGAAAAAAAAGAAUUUUUUUGUUUUCAAAAUUUUUAAUUAGAUCCCUACCGACCAAAGUUUCACCCCAAAAUAUCGUUUACAAUAAUCUCAUUGACGAUGAUAAUGAUAUUAUGUGGAUACCGUGCGGAAGCAGAUGCAACACGCGUAACAUCAGCCCAUCAAAGAUAAGGGAUAGAAGAAAAAUUUAAUUAGAUUUUGUGCAGGCCUCGAGGUCCAACCCCUCUCAAAAAUCACAUUAAUCAUACCCGUAUACCGUGUAGUGUAGACUGCGGUGGAGGGUGGAGUCAAAAAAGAAAAAAAAAAAAAAAGAGAAAGAAAGAAAAAAAAGACCCCUUAAAAUAAUCUACCUCGAAAUGAAAUCAGUUCAGGCAAUUUCCAUUCCCUUUAGGAACGCCGGCGUCAGUCUGCGGUAUAUCUACGCUACGUCGUGCAGGAUUUUCUCUCUCUCUUCAUCCCCUAAAUAUCAUGUCGCUACUUGAUGCAACAGACAAAUGACGCACGCGAUUCAACCCCCCCCCCGGUCGUGAAGCAGCUACGGCAGCCGAAACUACACAGCUAUGUGUAAUGCAUUUGGAAUUAAAGAUCGAAAGAUAAGGAUGUCAUCCUUCGGGAUACGCGGAGUGCUUGCCAAAAGUUAUACAAAGUGUUAUCACACCGUACGAAAUUACUUGAAACGGUCGAACGAAGCGAGCUUAGAUUUUGAUUGUUCAUCCCUCAGGAUAUAUACCUCUACCGGCCAUGGGAGAUAAGUUUAUGGGUAAAAAAAACUUGGUAUUCUCUAUUUUCGGUCGGGCUCGGUCCCGCGACAUGGAAAAGUCGUUAUGGCCUCAGACGAGCGUAAUAUCAACCUAUAACCGUAGCGGGAGGUUUUUCGCGCGCGAAAAUAGAAUACAUUGAAAUCGUUUUGAAUAGCCUUGGGAAUUCAAAGUCGUUCGUUAUUACAGAUGCAAAAGAAGAAGAGGAAGCGAAAGAAGGGAAAGAAGGAGACGGUUAUGUGGGAUUUUUCGAGAAAGAAUUCUUUGUGAAACCGAAGUAACUCCCCGAGGCAGUCGCGUGUACCGGGCGUUAUGACCCGGACAUCCUCUCCGGGGUGAACAGAACUUUACUGCGGUAAUAUUUCAAAUUUUAUCGUUCGAAAAUGUUCAGAAAGACUUUAUACUAGCUUUGAAUUCGCGGAUCUUCCUUCUCUUGACAAACCGAACUAUACCGCCCGUCUUACGUAGCGAAGCUCCUGCGCUCCAAACGACGACGUAUCUUUAUCGCAAUUAUUUUCGACCACCGAGUAACGAGUCGAUGAAUUUUUUCGCCCCGAUCAAUCGUGCGACGCUUCGAAAAAAAAAAAAAAGGAGCUUUUCACAUUCUUCACUUGUCAUCGUCCUGUCAAUAUUUCGAGGUUCUACAGUUGACUCCUCCUUUUUUCUCCGCGAUGUCCUGAGGGUUGAAAAUUAAAGCCAUCCAAAUUAUCAUCGGAAAAUGGCGAGCAGAAGGAGCGUGUCUUCUUUACCAACGCCUGGCCUCGAUCCCAAACUUAAAUCCAGGGUGGACGCGCUCACCACUGAAUUCCAGUAUUACGGAGCCGCGAUCAGAAAUUUGGCCCCGGCUUUGACCAAGAUGCAGGACAGAUCGCGCGUCCUUCCCUGGGUCAAUAAACUUUUCGGGGCGGAAUACCACGUCGAGGUACUCAGAGACAAGCGUAACAGAUACCUCGCGGCGAUCACCGUUAAUUUGAUCAACGACGAAUUGCUCGGAAUUUUCGAAGAAGAUCCGCCGACAGGACCCACCAGAAAUAUGGCUACGAUGUCGGUCACGAACGCGCCUUAUUCGGAAUGGGAAUUGGACACAACGUGGAAAGAUUACAUGGACUCGCUGCCGGACGAAUACGAAGAGGUCGCGUUCGAAUAUCGAAAUACCUCGUUACCGAAUGAAAAAUCAUUAGUGAAAAUUGGUCUGAUCUUCGUGACUCAAUUCUUCGAUCAUCCCACAGAUACCUUGCACUUUUCACAAGCCUGGCGACGAGUGCGAGAAAGAGGCUAUCGAAAUGAACGACCAACUCGACAACGUGAGUCGCGGUCUAGUUUCUCAUUUUCGUCAUUGGGUGAAUUCGCGUUUUUGAUGUACCAAAUAAGACCGUACGCAGCUUUGAUGCCCUGUAGAGACGCGAGGACAAAGGUUGCCGCCUGGAUACAAACGUUGUGCAGAUUGAAGUGUAAAACUUGCGGAAAAAUGAAAGGAUUACGUAACGACUACGCUUACGCGUUGUACGGAUACGUUCACGACCUCAGGGUAGCCGGACCCUUCCAGGAUUAUCCUCAUUGGAAACGUUUAAAGUCCCUCCCCGAAGCUGCGAAAUUGGCCGCCAAACGACACCCCCUGACAUCGCCGUACAGCGAAGAAGCUGAAAAUUUCAUGUGCGUCCAGCCGACCCCUGAGGAAGGUGCUUUUUGUUACAUAGCCGUGACGGGAGAUUUUCUGAACACCGAAACGCUAUUGCCCCCCUAAAAAUUGGGCGAAAGUAUACGCCCGAUUAUUUUUUUUUUUUAUCACUUUUACGCAGAACCGAUUGCGGUUGAGAAUGCGACUAGUUAAU